AUGGAAUACGAUGAGAUGACAGUGACCUUCAGAAAAGAAAACUAUAGUUUUAUCAAUCAGCCUAAUACAAAAAUAACCAAAGCAUUUUUUCUUUUCCAGAGAGUACAAUAUAAGUGGCAAAUAUAUGGCUGCCCAUUGAGACUUGAUUUUAAAGAAAAGUUUCACCCUUUGAUUGAAUUACACAACAGCGAGGGCUUUGUGGAAGAGGUCAAAGCCAACUUCAUCGUGUGGGAAAUACACGGCAGGGAUGACUACAGCUUCAAUACCACGAUGAAGAAGACUGGUUGUUUACAUGAAGCCCAGACGUGGAAGUCGAUGACGGAGCUGAACAAGGACCUCCCAUUAGAAAAAGUUUGGGGACCUGAGAACUAUAGGCACUGCUUUUCUUAUGCUAUUGGAAAGCCGGGAGACUUGAAUCAACCAUAUGAGAUUAUCAACAAGUCUAACUAUAACCACUUAGUGUGGCCCAUGUACCACACUGGAAUGUAUGUGUUUCAAGUGAAGAUCCUGGAUCCAAACUAUAGCUUCUGUAACCUCACAGCUAUAUUCGCAAUCGAGGUCUACGGCGUGAUUCCCAGUCCAAGCGGCUACCUGGUUGCUUCUUUCCUCUUCUUCCUGAUGCUGCUGUUCUUCAGUAUUCUGGUUUUGAGCUACUUCCAUUAUAUGAGGAUUUAUAAACAAUAUAUUUAUGAACCACAGUACAAAAUACGAAGAAGACAAAAGAAUAGUUAGGAAAACGAAGUUGGCUUACCAGGGGUGUUCCUAUGUAGGAGAAGAUGUGCACUGUGAUGCCUUAGUGUUCCCUCUUUGUCAUUUUAGGCCUUUUAUACCCAAGUUACAACUCUUUAUAUUAAAUUUUCUUUCUCAACUUUACUAGUUUGGUUUCUGUCUCCUGAUGAUCACCCCAGAGAAGCCCCCCUGGUAUGUUCAACUCCCCCUUGCCUCCUUCUAUUUAAAUGAUAAACUAAUGAAUAAAUACAUACAUUUUUU